CACUCAGGUGAAUGCUGAUUUUUACUAACUACUGUUUCCCGUCUGCAACUCUUUACUCCCUCAUCUUUCUCAGUCAAGCACACCUUCCGUGGAUCAGUUUUGAUCAGCUUUCUAUAUUGCUUCAACCUCCGUCACUUGUCCGCGUUUCUCCUUGGCCUGCUUCUGCCGGGCGGGCUGUAUCUGGUCGCGACUCUUCUGCUUCUCCGCCGGACUCUCCGCUUCUGGCUGAUCCAUCCAUUCUCAGGAGUAGCGCUGUUGUGGAACGAACGCCUUUGGGUCCUUGUUGCUCCGUGAAGUAGUUAUCGAGUCGGUUCUUGCCAUUCCUCCUCCGAUCAUCCCCACGGUGACUCUGAUCAGUCUGCUUUACUGGACCCACUAAUUCCGUUUCCGUUUACCAGUGGCCGAUCUAGGCGACUCAGACUACUCGUUCCAAUUUACAGACGAUCUUGACCGUCCAAUUGCCCCCGCAAUGUCCUCCCUCCAAUCAGCGUCUGCUCUGCGGCUUCACCCCACGGGAGCCGCAAGCAGCGCUAACGGCACUACGUUCGCUAGCGCCACAAUUAGCGCCGUGAAUUCCGCUAGCGCUUCAUCCAUAUCCUUGCGAUCCAGCUUCCUUCCACCUCGUGAUCUAGCUCCACCUACCACCACCGCCACUAUCUCGUAUCCGUUAUCCCCGACUCCUGGUCUUAUCGCCGUCCGAUCGGUAUCGGCGAGCGCAGCUGGAUCUACGAUCUCCGGCAGCCAAUCACAGAACGGCGCUGUCCGACAUCGGGUGAUCGCGGCUCCGGAAUUCGAGGCGGAAAUCGCGGCGGGUUUCGCGCCGGGGGUGAACGGGACGUACGGGAAAGCCGCCGAUGCCGACUCGGCCAUACGGGGUGGAUUAAUCGACGGCGGUCUGGUGUACAGGGAGCGAUUCGUCAUCCGGUGCUACGAAGUUGGCGUUAAUCGAACGGCUUCUAUGGAGACUAUCGCCAAUCUCCUCCAGGAGAUAGGAUGCAACCACGCACAGAGCGUGGGGUUCUCCAACGACGGUUUCGCCACCACGCCUGCGAUGCUCGCGAAUCGCCUGAUCUGGGUUACCACUCGCAUGCACAUCGAGAUGUACAAGUACCCUAAAUGGGGCGACGUGGUGGAGAUUGACACGUGGUUCCAGGACGGCACCAUCAUGUCGCGCCGGGAUUGGAUCAUCCGGUUCGGCCACACCGGGGAGGUCAUUGGCCGAGGCACCAGCUCAUGGGCCAUGAUGAACCGCGACACCAGGAGACUCUCCAAGGUGCCGAGCGACGUCCGGGCCGAGCUCAUAGUGCACUGCCCUAGCCCUGAGAGGUUCUCCAUUCCAAAGAACACUCUCACCAAGAUCCCCAAGCUGGACGAGCCAGCUGAUCACGUUCGGUCCUACCUUCGUCCCCGGCGCAGCGACCUGGAUAUGAACCAUCACGUCAACAACGUUACCUACAUCGCAUGGAUGCUCGAGAGUCUUCCCCAGACCCUCCUGGAGUCCUCAGAGCUAGCCGAUAUCACGAUCGAGUAUCGCCAGGAGUGCAGUCAGGAUGACGUCGUGGAAACUCUCGCCAAGGAGAUGGUUUCACCUGAGCUUUCACCUGAGGUUUCACCUGAGGGGAAUGGGGCUGUGAGGGCGGCAUCUGUUGCUGCUGCCGACGCUGCUUCUGCUGGUGGUGCUAGUGGGAAUGGUGCUCCUGUGCUGGUGGGCAAGGGAGUGGAUGGGAGGAGAAGCAGUGGUAGGUUUGUCAGUGAAGCAGACAAGGAGGGACAAAUGCAGCAGUUCCUGCACCUGUUGCGAGCACAGGAGAGCAAGAAGGAGAUCAACAAGGGCAGAACAAUUUGGAGGCGAAAGGAGUCAUCAUAACCUGAUAAUGUGUGUUACUACUUGGCCUGAGUGGAGUAUCAGGGAGAACAGCAGCAAAUGCUGUUCAUUACUGUGUGUUCUUCCGUAGCAACGAAGGCUAGUGUUGGUGAAAGUGGGAUAAGGCCGGUUGGAAUGGCUGGUAUGAUGUAUAUAAAUGCCAUCUAGAUCUAAGGGCGCAUUCCUACAAAGUAGGAUCAGAAUCAACAAUGUUUCUGAACCUGCUGUUUACAACCAGCAGUUCAGCAAUCCUGUAAAUCUGUCACCUGCUAGUUUCGGCGACGCCACUGCC